AUGUCGGACCGGGGCGAGGGUUUCACGAGUGUGGACGUAGGGUCGAACGGUAUGCCUGUUGUGUGUAACUCGCGCGGCUGCCGCCCCGUGCUUCUUAACGACCGCUUCCGCGACUGGAACGGCCGCCCAAAAUCCGUGCCGCGCUGGCCGAUGGACGGCGUGGGGCGCGGGGAAGUUGGCGGCGAGGCGGGCGCGGUAGCUGGCGGAGAGGGGGUGCGCGGGUUGGAGGUGGAGGCGGGAGGAAGGGGGGAAAUGACGGCGAUGGGCAGAGCGAACGGGGGUGAUGUCAGAGCGAAUGGAUUUGCUUACCGUCACCAUGGCCAGGGGGGAGAGAGCGCGACGGGGCAUUCGACGGGGCACGCGGGGGUCGCACAAGAUCCUUGGCACGGCGUGGGGGGAGCAACCUCUUCCGCCUCCGCCUCCGCUUCCGCAGACGACGAUAACCACCUGCGCGGUUCUCUCCCCCCCGGGUUCCACAGUCCCAGCGCGCCCUGGGUUCCGCCUGACGUUCCCGUCGCGCGUGACGGCGCCGCCCCACACCGCGGGGACCUCGAUCUUUCCGCGCCAAAUCUCCGAGUGCCUGUGGUGGUUCCCCCGCUGGUGGCGGUCGGUCGGCGCGCGCAAGGGCCCAUGACAAGCGGUCUCCCCGCUUUCGACAGCGGCGGCAGCGGUAAUAGCAGCGGCGGAGGCGAUGAGUACGUGGGCGGCAGGGCGCUCGGUCACGAUGGCGCGAGUGAGAUAUUGAUGGACGACCGUCCGAUCUGGGCGCCCAUGAACGGGAUACGCGCACGACCGUUGGACGGGAAUGUCGCUGGUGGCGCGGCUGGCGCUGCUUGUACCGCUGGUGACGCCGCUGAUGGCGCAUGCAACGCUGCCGGUGCUGGGCGAAAAGCAAACGGUGUGCCUAUUCCGUCUAACGGCUCACCGAUGCCGCCUUAUCACCAAGAAUCCCUUUCAUUCCAGCAGCAAGAACAGCAUCAUCAUCAUCAUCAUCAGCAGCAGCAGCAGCAGCAGCAGCAAGAAAGGCGGCGCGGCGACGAGCAGAGCGGGGUGAAUGGAGCGCACGGCGCGACGCUGGAAAGCGAUGGUGGGAGCGCGCGGAGUGGGGGAAACGGGCGCGGGCAUGGGGCGGGGCGGGUGUGGGAGGGGAGCGCGGGUGCGCGAGAGCAGGCGCAGGCGGAGGCGGAGCGGGAGCGGGAGCGCGAGGACAUGGAGCAGUAUUAUCGUGCGGCGUUGAUGGAGCAUCCGCAGCAGUCGCUCUUCCUGGGCAACUACGCGCAGUUCCUCGCAGAGGGCAAGGACUACGAGCGCGCGGAGGAGGCGUUUCGGCGCGCGGCCGUGGCGAGCCGCGCGGAGGGGGGCGCGGGGGAGGCGGAGGUGCUGGUGGCGUGGGCGAAGGUGGUGUGGGAGGCGGGCGGAGACGCGGAGCGCGCCAUGGCGCUGUUCGAACGCGCUGUGGAGCUCUCGCCUGAUGACUGGUGCGUGCGAGCAGGGGAACGGGCAGGGGAAAAAAGGGGGAAAAGUUUUGUGCUGGCAGCGUAUGCGAGCUUCCUGUGGUCUGCAGAGAGCGGGCAGGAGCCAGCAGCAACGCAGCCUGCUCAGCCUGAUGUUUCGCGUGGAGGAGAUGACCGGCUGUGUUCCUGCCAUUCUCCAGCAACUCUGCAGCAGGCUGGUGACUGCCCUAGUGGUGCCGGUAACUGCUCUCGCUGCUGCGGUGAUCACACCAACUCUGGCACUGGCAGCAGCAGCAGCAGUGAUCUUGCAAGAUAUGUCCUGAAUAGCGAAGCAGCAGCAGCGGACAGCCCAGGCUUGGAAGACGUGAGUCUAAGCAGUUGUAAGGUGGUGUCUCAAGGGCAGGUGCAGGAGCAAGAGCAGCUAGAUGGGCGUGCCAGCCAUCAUCAUCAUCAUAGCAGCAUCGCCUGCUAUGGCACUGCAAGCAAUGGCACUGCAACUCCUAACGGACCCGCUGCUCCUGCUCUUCCUCCCCACCCGCACGCAACCGGCACGUGCAGUGGUGUGGGCAACCCUGGUCGCAGCAGCAGCGCUCUUCUUGGUGUGUCUGCCUUGCCAGCUGUGUGCACUGGCCGCAUGAGUGUGGGCAUGGCUGUGAGCUGCUCCUCUGCUCCAGAGACAAGUUGUCAUCAGUCUGCUGCUGCUGCAGAUGCUACCGCUGUACCCGUGACCCCUCUGCCAUACGUGGAUGCAGCGCAGUCCUAA